UGAGUGGGAGACCGGGUGGGAGACCGGGUGGGCGGUGGAGUUACGCUGUCGACCCGAACAACCCCGGGAGCUCAGCGAUGUCUCAUCUCUUUCGAAACGCUGAUUUUGAGAGUCAUGUUUACCGAUGGGAGGGUUCGGAAGCGAACUCGAACUCCAUUUCCAUCCGAGUCCGUCGGACUCUUUCGCACACGACACGUUCCGAUGCCGAUUUCCCAGCUGCAAUGCUCGGUACCGACGCAAGGAGCAUCUAAAGCGCCAUGAAGAAUCAAAUCACGCUCAGCAGCAGGACUUUGUUUGUUCCUCAUGUGGUCGCCAGUUUAAACGAAGUGAUACUCUUCGGCGCCAUGUUCAAAAACAGCAUAAAAUCACAGAGCCUCUCACUCGCGCGCGCCGAGCUUGUGCAAGUUGCCAUGCAAGCAAGAGUCGGUGCGAAGGGGGCUUUCCAUGUGGGGAAUGCGUUCGCCGCAAUGUUCACUGUUCUUUUCAAGACAUUGAUGCUAGUGCUGCAGAAAAGCAAGAGCAACAUCCUAGCUCCUUGAUCCCGCGUUCAUCAUCUUCCAACCAGAAAGAGUCACAAAUAUACUAUCUGGAGAAGAGGAAGCAGUGUGUCCAUUAUUAUUUUGAUGUAUUCCACCCCUUUUGGCCUUUUAUCCAUAAAGCAACAUUCGAUGUACACCAGGAAACCCCACUACUUCUACAAUCAAUAGUGGCUAUAGGCAUGUGGACAUCGGGAGAACGGUCUACGCAGUCUGCGGCGGUGGAACUUCACAAUAAUCUUGAUUCUGCGAUUCGAGAUCAACGGGAGAAAUGGGAUGCCUCAGAAGCAGAGGGGGCAUGUAGCACCUGCUUCUGGCCAAUAGCGACGUACCAGGCUAUCCUAUUACAUGUUAUUUUUUCGGUUCUCGUUAAGAGCGAGAGAGCUGUCAACCUCGACCUGAAAGCGUCUAUUUCUGCAGCUGAUCUAACAUUACUCGAAUCGCUUGUUGGAAGCUGUCGAAGACUGGGCAUGUUCUUCUAUCCGAACAUACUUGCCAAGUAUAAGGAAUCUGACCUGCCCGGGUUUGUCUGGGUAGGGGUUGAGGAGAUCAAGCGAUUCAAUAUAGCACUGUAUAAGCUCUGUGCGAAACUGAGCAGCGAAAGUCCGAAUGACAAGCCUUUACUGCCUGCUGGUGAACUUCAAUUCCCACUGCCAAGCAACGAUUCCCUGUGGAAUUCCGUUGAACGACAUGAAUGGGAAGCUUAUGCCAAGUUGGAGAAUACGGUUUCCUUGAGCGACGACUUUCAGGCAAAGUGGAUUUCCAAUCUUGCAGAUGUAUUAGGAUUCUUUGGUGUAUAACUAAACAAAUUGACCUUUUGCUUCUGAGUUGCCCGCAACAGUCUGAUGGUCCUGUUGCUUCAAGUCUUCUCUUUUUU